AUGUGGAGGAAUGAAAACCAGAGACCAACCUCAGUUAAAGUGUUAUUCAGGUUGCUGGAGCCUGAAAUCAAAGCAGAGUUUUGUCUUUCUGCAGGCUGUCUCUCUGUGCCUCUGUUUAAUCAAAGGAAAAGGAGCAGGCUGCCUUUGACGUCUAAUCCCUCAGAGAGCGAGCUCUUCACUACCAGCCCCUACAAUGAGACACAAACCCCCUCCUCUUCUUCCUCCGCUCUUCCCCCUUUGGGUCAGAGUGGUCAGUGGAACCAGGGAGCCUCCGUUUCAUCACAGCAAGCCAGCAUGAGAUCUGCUCCUGGACCCGGUGUGGCGGGACGUGGAUAUGCACCUUUGCCUCACCCCAAAAAACCUGCCUAUGUCUGGUCACAGACAGCGCAACAGAAGCCUCCAGCGAGACAGGAUUCAAUGCCAGCAGUUGGAUCCCAGCUUCGUGGUGGUUUUCCAAGGAGCAGUUCGGUUUCACUUGGCCAGUCCAGAUGGUCCAGCUGCAUCCAGAAUCAACAGUCACUUAACAGACCGACACAUUCCCCCAGAAUGCUGUACCGCCCCCAGCAGUGCAUCCCCACAGCAGCAAGCAGUCAGGGUCCUGGAGCUCAGAGCCACGGUGGAAAGUGGAACUUCAGACCUGUUGGACAGUCCUCCACUGGAAUGUGGACAAAAGAAAAGACGGACACCUCAAGUGUCCAGACCACCUCUCAGCAGCAAAAGCCCCCUUAUGACACAGUGCUGCAUGUUAUUACUGCUGUUAUUGAAGGCAUGAAGCACUGGAGCCAGUACAAGAACAGAGUACCAAUGCUGUUUGAGAUAUUUGCUACUCUGGACUCUGCAGUUACAGCUGGAGAACAUGGAGCAAAGAAAUUUCUCAUGAGGGACGGUAAAGAGGUGGUACACUGCCUUUACUAUGAAAAUGAUCAAACACUGCCCAGACUGAUUAGAGGUCAGGUGCAUCGCUGCGUUGGAAACUACGACAGCCACAAAGACACAAUGACUUGUGUGUCAGUCCGAGCUGCUUCACUGUCAGAGCAAAGGAAUGCCCUGGAGGCGGUGAGAGUAUCAGAUGCAAAAAUGAGGGAUGCGGUGCUGGCUCUCAGUGAAAUGUGAUGUGGAUGGAGUGAGUAACAGGAGAAAGAUUGACCUAGCACACUUAUACUGAAGUUAGGGUUGGUUUAGGUUUAGUUGUGAAGUAGUUAAAGAAUGAUCUGCAAUGGUCAGUGAAUGUAAAACAAUUUGUAUCUGUAUUUGGAGAAUUUGAUUUACUUUGCAAAUUAGAUUCAUUAAUAAUAUUUAAUUUAUAUGCAUUUAUAAAAUGUAAUUUAAAAUGCAUUCAGAAUAUUUUAGUUACUUUUAUAUGCAUAUAUAAUCCUGUGUUAUAAUUUAGAUGCAUGUAAAUUUAGUUUUCAUUGAACUAUGCAUACAUGGUUUAUUUCAAUUUGUGAUCAUAUAUCUUAUUUAUUCACAUUUUUGCGCAU